AUGACGUGUGCCCGUCUUGAAGUGGUCAUCGAAGCUGAAAAACAAGCCGCAAGGGACUUGAUUCGUGAAAAGAGAAAAGAUAGAGCCUUGCUUGCAUUAAAGAAGAAGAAGGUGCAAGAAAAAUUGCUUCAGAAAGUUGAUGUUUGGCUAAUAAAUGUUGAACAGCAAUUGGCAGAUAUAGAAUUAUCCAGCAAGAAGAAGGUUGUUUUUGAGAGCUUGAAGGCGGGAAACGGCGCAAUGAAAGCAAUACAAAGUGAGCUUAACCUGGAUGAUGUUCAGAAGUUGAUGGAUGAUACUAAAGAAGCGAGAGCCUAUCAAGAGGAAAUAAAUGCCAUAUUGGGGGAGAAACUAUCUGCUGAUGACGAGGAAGAAAUAUUAGCAGAAUUUGAGAAUCUAGAAGCACAACUUACUGUCCAAGAUCUACCAGAAGUUCCAACAGCAGCUCUUGAAGAAGAAGAAGAGAAGUUGGAUCUACCUAAUGUUCCUACCAAGGCUCCUGUUGAUUCAAAUAUGACUGCUGAUGAUAAUAAUGAGGAGGUUUCAGAUAAAGUUCCUGAAAAGAGAAAAGUUAUGGAAGAACCAUUGCCCGCAUAA